AUGUCAACAACCACCGCGCCGGGCCAGAUCUCCACCUACGGCGACUGCGUCGCCUCCCUCCGCACCUCCCUCUCCUUCCUCGAGUCCUCCGUCAACACCCUCGGCAACGGCGUCGCCGACUUCCCCCGGCUCGUCUCCGUCCUCAAGACGGUGCGCCACUACGAGCUCAUCCCCCAGACCACCCUCGCCGCCGCAGAGUCCUCCCUUCGCGACGAGAUCGGCCCCUCGAUAGCCCUGCUCCUCGACCGCGCCGACCGCUCCCUCGACCGCGAGGCCCGGCGCAUCGAGACCCUCAAGGCCCGCGCCGAGCUGCAGGCCGGGCGCCUCUCCCACGGGCCCGAGGACGACCAGCACUACGAUAGCGGCAGGAACAGCAGCAAGGGCAAGCAGACGGGCAAGGCACUGGGCGGCGAGGCGGCGCUGCGGGCGCGCAUGAUCCGCCAGCGCAAGGAGGCGCUCAAGUACAGCGUCGAGCGGAUGGAGCUCGAGGUCGGGCAGAAGGAGAGGGAGCUGAGGGUGAGGCUGGAGAAGGCUUGA